AUGGAGACAACGCUCUCCGCCAUCCAGGGAUCGGCUUUGAUAGCAUUUGGCCUGAUCCCACCACUGUGUGCGUUCACCACGUGCGAGCCUCUCGCUGUGUCGUGGGCGCCUCUCCUCCGCGACACGAUCGCGUACAUUGUGAGUCUCAUGGCACUCGUGUGUUUCAUGCAAGACUCGAUCGUCACGGUGUGGGAAGCGUCCAUGCUGUGCUUGACUUACGUCGUGUAUCUCAUGGCGAUCUACCUGCCCGUGUAUUUCAACCCCACCUACACCGCGUGCGUGCUGCUCAAAGACGAAACCAGCGCAACGUCCUUGUCGAAGCUGUUGGAUCCAGCUGACCACGCUGCGCCGACUUACGGGUCGUCGAGUUUCGACCCCGUGCCGCUAGACCCGACGUCGUCACCCAAACCAUGGGCGCGAGUUUGCCAGGCUGUGAAAAGACUUGGUCGCGUGUGCUCGGUGCCAUGUCGCACCCUCUUCAAGCUCACACUUCCCGACAGCAACUCCUCGUUGUACUUUGUCACCAUCGUCCUGUCGUUGGCGUAUGUCACGGUUUUCUCGGCGGGGGUGCUCUAUUGCACGCGGAAAAUCAGCGCCGAUCUUCAUCUCUCGACGACGACGACCGGUGUGACGUUGCUGGCCCUGGGCGCUCAAAUUCCAGACGCGAUUGCGUCCGUGUCACUGGCUCGCGCAGGCCAUGCCGACGCUGCUGUCUGCAAUGCCAUCGGUUCCCAAGUGAUCAAUGUGUCGCUCGGGUCGGGGCUUCCGCUAGCAAUCUCAACGUUCUACUACGGAUCGGUCAACAUGGCGUACGAGAAUGAGAUCAUGCUGUGGAAGUCGCUGGCUGUCGUGAUCGGGUCCUACUUGCUGUUGAAUUUCAACUUUCGCAGUGUGUUUUGCCUCUACGACGCCAAUCCGAAGGACAACUUCAUUGGUCUCACUAAAGGCGACGGCGCCAUCCUCUUGACGCUGUACUUGCUUUGCAACGCUGCCAUCACCAUCACGUCGUAG